UUCAAGAACUUUGGAUAUGUGACCAUAUCGCAAGCAUUGGAUUUCGUAGCGGAUUUGAAGUUUGGGCAUUACAUGAAAUUGCCACCAAGGAUUACAUUCGUCUGCCAGCUUUCAGCAACGCUCGUUUCCUGCCUAGUCCAAAUUUUAGUACUGAACAUGGCUAUUCACAACGUCGAUGGCAUAUGUAACGCCCAACAGCCCUCGCACUUCACUUGCCUCAUUGGGCCGGCCCGCUUGUUUUCACCAGGACAAAUCUACUCGGGAUGCUCCUUUUUUCCAUCCUCGGACAUAAUUGUCCCUCUUGUUCUUGGAGGCGCGGGAUCUAUCCCGCCAGCAACGCCGUUGAACUAUCUCUCCUUAAGAGCCACGCAUCCUUAUUCACCAUGCUAUUCUGACCAUGAACCGGUAGUGGGGCAUUGUGGGAUUCGUCUUCCAGGAUCUAUAGUCAAAACGCAUCACUUAAGUUGGUGGAGUCGACUGAACUACCUGACGUCUUCUGGGCUUGACUUGGGACUGGCCAUGUCCACAACUGUUAUAUUUGCGCUCAACCUGGCUGGAGUCCAUGCGCCAAAGUGGUGGGGAAACACCGUACCGCAUACCACGAUGGAUUCUAGACCCACA